CAUUCAGAAGGCAUAGGACAUCGCAGGAAGGACGGGUAUUUAGCCGAUGGAUGUCCUAAAAUGCGUUCCGUAUACGUCGGUCCCUCUUAGUCCUGCCCUGGCUGCCUCGUCAUCACGUGUCCUAAUCACCUUCCCGCUUGCCUCCCCUGUUCAUUGGCCACGUUCUUCUCCCGACUGCAUUCUGUCCCUUCCCCAUUCACCUCCCCCAAUCGCCACCUACACAAUCUGCUACCGUCCUCCCAUAUGUACAGCACAUAUGAAAAUAAAUAAAAGCCUUUUAAUUUUUUUAAUGGGUGCAAUUCAUCAAAUGAGUGUAGCACUUGCAGAAAACAUGGACCAUUUACUUGGGUUCAUCUGCAUCAAAUAAUAUGCUGAUUCUUUAGUUCGUUGCAGGAAGUUAGAGAUAAACCAAACCUGCAGAUGUUUUUCUCUAAUAUGAUAAAAAUAAAUAACAGUGUGCAGGAUCAGUAGAAGGUUAGAUACAGGGAGAAUCAGCAUGUUUGCAGGCUGGUGAGAGUCACGGGCAGGAACCUGGGAGGGGCUUUCCCUGCUGUAUGUGUUCAGCCUGUCAUUCAGUGUGAUAACAAUUUCCUGUGGGAGAAAGAAGAGACACGCCCACUCCUCAUUUCAGCAUAGACGCAGACGAGUAACAUCUCUGUGCAGCUCUGAUAUAACGGCAUUUUUACGAGGACUCGUAGCUUCCCAGCCCCCCUUUUUUUUUGUCUGUUAGGGCGGGGCUGGCCGGCUGGAUCACUGGAUCACGUGGGAGCGACCCCGGAAGCUGCAGAUUCGGCGACUCGCACGUUCAGAUCUGCCUAUUAAAGGAAACAGUGAUGGCUGCAGACGGGUCAGAGUGUGAGGAGGAUGGAAGCCAAGAAGUAAUUGCCAGUGGAAAUAUAUUGGAGACCUUUACAGAAUGUCAGGAAACACGAGAUCUGAUUGGCAGCCUGUGGACUGUAUGGCAGGAGAUGGUGAGCAGGGAGGUGUGCACCCAGCGCUUUGUAGUGAUUAUGGACAAGUACCAGGAGCAGCCUCACCUUUUGGACUCACAUUUAGAGUGGAUGUUGAACUCACUGCUGGAAAUAAUUCGAGACAAGUCCUCUGCCCCUGUGUUGUACCAUUUAGCCUUUAAAUUCCUAUACAUCAUUUCCAAGGUGCGGGGAUACAAGAUUUUUCUCCGUAUUUUCCCCCAUGAAGUUGUUGAUGUGCAGCCAGUGUUGGAAAUGAUUUCAGCACAAGACCCCAAGGAUCAUGAGACCUGGGAAACACGUUACAUGCUGCUUUUGUGGCUCUCCAUGACGUGCUUGAUACCGUUUGACCUUUCACGCCUUGAUGGAAACAUUGCCAGUGAUUCUGGACCAAAUCGCAGGCCCACAAUGGAUAUCAUUCUGGAGGUGGCCAAGUCUUACCUUGUGGUCAGUGACAAGGCUCGGGAUGCUGCUGCCGUGCUUGUUUCAAAGUUUAUCACGCGCCCUGAUGUCAAGCUGAAGAGGCUGGCUGAUUUCCUCGACUGGUCACUCUCUACUCUGUCAAAUGCCAGUUAUCUUACUAUGGAAGGAACGAUAGCUAUGGAUGGGAUGCUGCAGGCACUGGCGCAGCUCUUUAAGCAUGGGAAGAGAGAGGACUGUUUACCAUAUGCCUCCAUUGUCCUCACCAAUCUAGACAACUGUAACUUGUCCGACAGCAACCAGACUGUCCUGCGCAAGCUUGGCAUUAAACUCGUCCAGCGCCUCGGCCUUACAUUCCUCAAAACCAAAGUGGCAAAUUGGAGAUAUCAGCGGGGUUCAAGAAGUUUGGCAGCCAAUCUGCUGCAGUCUUCAACAGACACCCAGAGGUCCAACACAAACUUAUCUCCUGGGGAAGAGGAAGAGGCCUAUGAUAUUCCAGAGGAGAUUGAGAACGUUGUUGAGCAGUUGCUGGUUGGCUUAAAAGACAAAGACACUAUUGUCCGCUGGUCUGCUGCGAAAGGGAUCGGACGAUUGACUGGGCGACUCCCAAAGGAACUAGCAGAUGAUGUGGUUGGGUCUGUGCUCGAAUGUUUUAGUUUCCAGGAGACCAAUAACGCAUGGCACGGGGGAUGCCUGGCUUUGGCCGAACUUGGAAGGCGAGGGCUGCUGCUUCCUUCUAGGCUUCCAGAUGUUGUUCCCCUGAUUCUGAAGGCCCUGGUGUACGAUGAGAAGCGGGGUGCCUGCAGCGUUGGUUCCAAUGUCAGGGAUGCUGCCUGUUAUGUAUGCUGGGCAUUUGCACGGGCGUAUGAACCUGAAGAGAUGAAGCCCUUUGUGAAUCAAAUUGCAAAUGCACUGGUCAUUGCCGCAGUGUUCGACCGGGAUGUGAAUUGCAGGAGAGCAGCCUCUGCAGCCUUCCAGGAGAAUGUGGGGAGACAGGGCACUUUCCCCCAUGGCAUCGAUAUAUUAACCACGGCAGAUUAUUUUGCAGUUGGGAACCGUGCAAACUGUUAUCUAAAUAUAAGCGUGUUUGUGGCUGGCUUUCCUGAAUACACCAAGUCAAUGAUCGAUCAUUUAGUGGAAAUGAAGAUUAACCACUGGGAUGGGGUUGUACGAGAGCUGUCCACUAAGGCCUUACACAACCUCACUCCCACAGCCCCAGAGUAUAUGACAAAGACAGUUUUGCCGCGUCUGCUCCCUCUGGCCAUCGGAACGGACUUACACACGCGCCAUGGGGCAAUCUUAGCUUGUGCGGAAAUCACCCAUGCCGUGUACAAACUGUCGGCUCAGUGCAACAGGCUGCUUUCUGAUUAUCUGAACAAUGAAACACUGGCAGGACUUACAGCAAUUCACCCGAAACUCCAGGAGCGCCAGCUAUACAGGGGCCUGGGUGGAGAGUUAAUGAGACCUGCAGUCUGCUGCUUAGUGGAGAAACUUUCACUCUCCAAAUUCCCUCAUCCUGGAGAAGAUAUUAUUGGUGGGUGGCUGUGGCUGAUCAACGACAGUUUAAAGAGCCUUCAUCUGUUCUCCAGCACUGCUAGGCAGAAGAUUAAGGAAUCUGCUGUGUCAGCCCUCUCUACCCUGUGCCAGGAGUAUUACCAGGAACGAGCCACAGUAGCCCAUACAAAUGACGACAUUGUGAAGCAAUUCACCUCGGAGCUGCAGAGCAAUGAAGAGAUGGUUCGCUGCGGUUUUUCUCUGGCCCUGGGGGGCCUUCCACAGUUUCUUCUGAAAGGCAAGCUCCAGCAGGUACUGGAUGGUCUAAGGAAAGUCACCUGCAUUUCUAGAAAAGAUGUUGGCUUUGCAGAGUCCAGAAGGGAUGCCCUGAAGGCCAUCGCUCAGGUUUGCCAGACAGUUGGAGUUAAGGGGGAUGGAUGUGCAGAGGAAGCCGUGUGCAGGGAGAAUAUCGCCCUGGUUUAUAACACCCUACUGAACUGCAUGAAUGACUACACUACAGAUAGCCGAGGGGACGUCGGAGCCUGUGUGAGGGAGGCAGCGAUGGCCAGUCUUCAGGAUGUGACAUUACUGGUUGCCCAGAGUGAGACCGCUCUCCUUGAACCUGACAUUGUCCAGCGGAUGAUGUGUGCCCUCUCUCAGCAAUCUGCCGAGAAAAUUGACCGGUACCGAGCCUUUGCUGGAUCUGUCUUUCUUAAUCUCCUUUACUUCGACAACCCAUCAGUCCCACAUAUCCCACAUCGGGAAGAACUGGAGAGGAUAUUUCCCAGAACACAAGCAGAAGCCCUGAACUGGAAUGCACCAUCGCAAGCUUUUCCCCGGAUCACCCAGUUACUGGGAUUAUCCACGUAUCGGUACAAUGUACUAAUGGGCCUGACGGUAUCUGUGGGUGGACUUACUGAGUCUACGGUGAGAUACUCAGCACAGGGUCUGUUUGAAUACCUUCGGGCAAUCCAGAAUGACGCAGAACAAAUGGAUGCCUUCUCCACCUCACUGCUUCAGGUCUUCAGAGACAAUCAGCACAUGGACAGAGUCUCCACUCCCCUGCUGAAAAUGUUGGAUCAGAUGUUGGCCAAUGGCUGCUUUGAUAUCUACACACAGGAGGAAAACCACCCCUUUGCCUCCGACUUAUUGUCCCUUUGCAGAGAAGAGAUCAAGAGAUCCAAAGACAUCCAGAAGCUCAGAUCCAGUAUUGCUGUGUUCUGUGGCCUGAUCCAGUUCCCUGGUGAUAUCCGAAAGAAGGUUCUGUUACAGCUGUUGCUUUUGGUUUGUCAUCCGUUCCCAAGAAUCAGGAAGACAACAGCCAGCGAGGUGUACGAGAUGCUCCUUACGUACGACGAUGUGGUCGAGCCAGACAUUCUGGAUGAAGUCAUGAACAUACUGAGUGACACCACUUGGGAUGCAGACUUACCUAUUGUCCGGGAGCACAGAAACCACCUGUGUGAUUUAUUGAAAGUGUCCAAGCCGACACAAGUGACCAAGGUAUCUCCUUCCUAAGAAGCAGAUGGACAAACAGAAACCUGAGAGCAGUGAAACAAUGUUCCCAGCAGUGAAUGAGAGGAAGGUAAAUGCAUUGCUCUGGUCUGACCAGCAGGGGUCACUAAGCAGAGACACUAUAUCUUGUGCUGCACUUGCACCUGAGCACACAACCUCCUCUGUAGUAUUUAUGCUCCAGACGAUUCCAUGUACCAAUUGUAUAAAACUAAAUAAAACAUGUCCAGAAACAUAA